GUGUGAUCGCCGGACACAGCGGAUCACGGAAAGAGCCGAAGAUGUCGGCUCGGUCAUGUGAUCCAAUCACAGCUGAUCACAUGGGACAUGUACACUGAUCAUCAGGGCACUGAUGAUCAGUGUGCCCUGAUGAUCAGUGUGGCCCCAGAAGUGCCACCUGUCAGUGCUCAUCAGUGCCACAUGCCAGUGCCCAUCAGUGCCACAUCAAUGCCACAUAUGAGUGCAUACCAGUGCACAUCAAUGCCACAUAUCAGUGUCACCUAUCUGAGCUGCCUUUUAAUGUCACCCAUCAGUGCCAGUCAGUGCCACCUAUCAAUGCCAAUCAGUGCCACCUAUCAGUGCUGCCAAUCAGUGCCACCUAUCAGUGCCAGUCAGUGUCGCCUAUCAGAGCCAGUCAGUGCCGCCUAA